AUGGACCCUCGAGAUCUCGCUCCUGACGACGUCCUCCUCAACCAUAUCUUCCCCAAUCAACCUCACGUCUCCAUAGAUACUAUCUUCGUACAAACUUGGGACAAAUGCGUCUUCAAGGCCAGCUUUACAGAUGCCUGCAAGCCAGAUACCAGCAAGCCUCCUUCCUCGUAUUUAGUCCGCCUGGAGGUCGCAUUCGGGGACGAGGAAGCUAUACGAUUUGCCACCGUCUCGGCCAUGCAGCAGAUCGCCUCGUUUGCCAUUCAUAAACUCAUCCCAAAGACGUAUGAAACUGAUGUGGCCAACAAUGCCCAAGACAAACGAGUAUAUUUCAGUUUGACGGAGUUUGUCGAGGGGGAGACACUGGAAGACGUUUGGGAGCAGAUGAGUCACGAAAAUCAACGGUCCGUUGUGACUGAUCUGGUCGAAGCAUUGAGAAAAUUGCACUCUUUUAGGAUACGCGACUUCCUAGACCGAAUACAAUACUUCUUUGGCCAGAAUGUGUUACUUAGAGACCCGGGCACCCCAGGAGAGCACAUUCUUGGGGGAGCAGAGGUCAUGGGCGGGCCAAGCACGGGAUUCUUCGCUCCCAAGGACGGGCCAUCUCUUCUCUGCGCCAUCGCCAACAGGUGGGAGCUGAGUGGAAGACCCUUCCACACCAUGACCACCACGGACGCUGGUGAUAUCAUCAUACAGUCGGAAUACCAAGACUUCGCCUCCGUAAAAGUCGAAAAGAGCAGCAUGGAGGAGUGGUACCGCGAGGCCGUCCUCUGCCACAACGACCUUACCCCCAGCAACAUCAUCGUCAGCAGGCCACGCGAAUCUGCCUCUGCCUCUGCCUCUACCUCUCUUCACGGAGCCUCCGACUACAAGCUUUCCGCCAUCAUCGACUGGGAGCUCUCCGGAUUUUACCCCGCUUCAUAUGAACUGAGCCUCCAAGAUACCUAUCUCGGCAGGGGCUACCGCCUAAAUUCCUUCUACUCGCUCUUGAAGAGCCAGAUGAAGGAUAUUGUGCCCCGUUCACCGUCACAGGUCUCCUUGCUGCAGGCCAUGGGACUUAUUUUUGAAUCCAGCCAAAGGCGACUAGUGGAAGGCGUCAACGUCGGGGCACUGGUCCGCGAGGGAUUCAUGCAGAGACUGCAGUUGCGGAGGGAUGAGGAUCCUUACCUUGGUUGGGUACCAAAAGAUGAAGAAGCAGCGCAACUUGUACUUUCUCCUGCUGAUUAUCAGGGUCUAGAAGACGAUGCUUUUGCCAAGAUGAAAGCAGCGAGGCAGACGAAACGCUGCGAAAGUAGUUUGUUAACAUAG